AUGCCGCCGGGAGCGACAGCGGCAGGGGCUGCGACGGAAGCAGCGGCGGUGGCAACGGGUCCCGACAGCAGCGUCAUCAGUGCAGGCGACGGCAGGGUGGCUUCGGCCAGAGCUCCGUCGGCGGCAGCGGGAGUGGCGGCCACGGCCAGAGCUCCGGAGGAGGCGGCGGCAGGACGCGCCGCAACCAUGACGCACCGAGAUGUGAGUGGUGGCUUCGGCCAGAGCUCCGUUUGCGGCGACGGGAGUGGUGGCCUCGGUCAGAGCUCCGGGGGGGGCGGCACCAGCGAUGGCGGUGACCGUAGUAACGGGCGUAGCAGCGGCGGCGGUGGCGGCGGCAGCUGCGGCGGCUGCGGCGGCAACGAGGGUGGUGUCAGCGGUCGCGAUGUUAGCGGCUUACAACCCGUUGCCAUGGCCGCUGCUCUCAUGCGGCCGGGUAUGCCGGCGGCCAUGGACAUCAACGAUCUCCACGUCUCCUUGGGCCACGCACACGAGCGCGUCAUCCGCGAAGAAGCUCGCCAGAUGAAGAUCAAAGUCACUGGUUCACUGUCGUUUUGCGACGGGUGUGCCGUCGGCAAGGGCAUCCGCAAGGCGAUUUCCACGACGACUUCCUCCACGGUCUCGCGACCUCUUCAACGCCUCUUAGCCGAUCUCACGGGCCCGCUCCCCCCCUCCGCUGGUGGUGACACCUAUUGCCUCGCCGUAGUCGAUGAUAACACCAACUACGGUAUCGUCAAAUUCAUUCCAGACAAGCAGGCCACGACCGUGACGAAAGCCCUCCGCGAGAUCUUCGUUUCCCUUCGCCCUCUGCCGGACACCCACGGCGACUUCCAGUUCUUCGGACGUACAAUGGCACUUAGCUGGUCAACGCGUCGGUGGAGCGUCGGAUCGGGCUGGUCCGGGAGGGCGGCCGGGCAGUUUUCACGGAGGCUUUUCUGUUCUUCCCCGACCUCCAGUUCCCUCGCGUGGCCUGCGAUUACAACCGCAUCUGGCCGGAGGCAUGGAGCGGCAUGUCCUCCUGCAUCAACACGCUGCCGCGGCUUGAUAUAUCCCUCGAUCAGCUCUGCCCAUACGAGAUAUUCCGAGGCAAACGUCCUCUGCGUCAACCUCUGCCCUUCCUCAUGCCGGGCAUCCACCACGCCCGCAUCCCCGUCAAAAAUCGCACCCAAGGGCGAGCGGUGCUUUUACCUUAACCCCGGCGACUAUCACUCCCGCGACUGCUGCAAGGUUAUCUUCCCCGCCGGAGCCGUGGGGUACACUAGGGACGUUGUUUGGGGUUACCGCCGUCAACCGUUUGUGGGUAUCGUACCGACGUACAACGGCCGCGCCAUAUCUACGCCGGCGGGAGCGACGUCGGUGGGAGCGGCGGCGGUGCGAACGGCUUCGGCCGGCGCGCCGUCCCCGGCGGCAGCAUUGACGGGGGCAUCGGCAGGAGCGGCGGCGGCGUGGACGGCUUCAGGAGCGGCGACGGCAGCGGCGGCGGCAGCGGCGGCUUCGGCCAGAUCCCUGUCGCCGGUAACAGCAUCGGCGGGAAUGGCAGCAGCCGGAGUGGCGACGCCGGCACCGACGGCGGCGGCGACACCGGCGUUCGCGGGGGCGGUCGAACACACGAGCCAUCAGCGCGACCGAUACCAAGUAACACCGGCGCUGAGCAGGCCGCGUGCGCGACAGGCGGUGGCCCGUGGAUCAACUCGAGGAUUACCGGGUGCACUUGCGCUUCCUUCAAUGGAGGAGGAUAUGGUCGCUUCGCUCGCCGCUCACCCUUUGCAGGAUGAGCCCCCGUUACCCAACGGGCCGGCGCGCGACCUUGAGACUCCUACUACCUACGCCCGGGCUCACGCGGGACCGCACAGCGCGACUUGGGGAGCAGCCGAGAAGUGGGAGAUAGAUGGGCUGGUUGGGGCGGGCGCGUUCGAGCCGGCGGGUGGGCUCUAGCCACGAGGAACGACGUCAUCUCCGCCAAAUGGGUCUACACAUGGAAAGUCGAUGAAUUCGGUGAUGUGUUGCGUGCAAAGGCUAGGCUUGUAGCAAGGAGUUUCGGUCAGCGUGAACGUACUGACUAUUUUGAGACUUUUUCUCCGUGCCCUACCCAUCCGAGUAUUCGCCUCUUGCCUGCUAUCGCGUGUGAAAUGGGUUGGGACAUGUGCCACUUUGAUGCUGAUCAAGCGUUUGUGCAAUCGAAGCUACAUGAGAUCGUGUACGUGCGUCUGCCGCAGGGUUGUAGGCCCCUUUCGGGUAUGAUUGUGAGGCUUGCCCGUAGUCUUUGUGGCUUGAAGCAGGCGUCACGCACGUGGCACCACCACCUUGUUCGGGGCAUGAAAUCUCUUGGGUUUGACCAGUGUGCUGCUGAUGCGUGUUUCAUGCGUUUGAUCGAGGAUGGUGUGCCUUCCAUGGUAGUUGUGGUGCAUGUAGAUGACAUAUUUUCCAUCGGGCGGAAGAGUCGGUGUGACAGGUUUGGUCGAGACUUGAACGCCUACGUUCCCAUCACCAACCUCGGGGCGUUGCGUGUGUAUGCGGGAGUUCGUUUUUCGCGCGAUUGAGAUACUAGUACGCUUACAUUGUCGCAAGAAACUUUUGCUAUCAACUUGGUUGAGAAGUUUGAUGUCACGCGCAACAAGAAGACCCCCAUGCCUGUUGGAGUGAAGCUUGACGAUUUUGCUGCGGACGAACCUGAUGUUCUUGAGCCUUUUCGUAUUCCCAUGCACCCAAAAGCUUACACUGGCGGGCUGCGUUGCAUAUUGCAAUGUACAUUAGAUUCACGAGUGCUCUUGGUAUUACAUUUCAGCGGCGUUCCAGGGGGGUAUCGAUUUGCUCUUGUAUGUUGACUCCGACUACUACGCCAACAACGCCACUGACCGGCGGUCGGUCUCGGGAGCAGUUGUCAUGUGCGGCGGUGCGUGUGUUUCGUUUUUGUCUCGGACGCAGAAAAGUGUGACACUGUCGUCGACGGAAGCGGAGUAUGUCGCGAUGGCCGA